AUGCAGAUCUGUGCAGUUGAUCCGUCUAUAGCCAAACCGCAUGAGCAAAAGCAAUCGGUUAUUGAGGCGAAAAAUAAAAUUAAGAUAAAUCACGAUGAAUGCUGUAACUGCUGCUGCUGUACUAAGCAACGUAUAUGUUAUAGAUAUAUACAACCAGAAAUACCGAAGUCUUAUGCUCCAAUUCAUCAUUAUUGGAAAUCACUUAUACCAAUGGAUGAUAAUACUACAUACCGACUGUCCUAUUGGGAAUGUCCCAGUGUUUCUACAGACCCUGUUCGACCAGAAAAUUGGUUAGUUACUGGUGAAGGUGAAAUAUCUGACGAAACAACGUACAAAUCUAGUUACUUUAAUUAUUUAUGUGCAAAACCCGAUCCACCUUGUAUUCCCUGUGAGAAACAAUGGCUCGGUAGAGGUCCUAUGCAAGACGUUACGACUCAGAAACACGACUACACAUGGAAAAGUGUACCACAAGUAGAACCUUACAAAGCAGAGGAUAAUAUAUAUUGCGAACCUGCGGCGCUCGCCGGUGAUACAACGUAUAACUUAAGCUACUAUGAGUCUGGUUGCCACCUACCUACAACAUCUUAUGCUCCUAUAAGAAACUACGUCAAACCAGAUAUACCAAUGGAAGACUAUACAACGUACAAUCUUAGUUAUUGGCCAAUUGAUGCUCCGCAGAAAGAAGAUCCACCGUGGGGUAAAAGGGAAUACGUGCCUCCUGUCGAGCCAAUGGACGGUUGUACAACUUACAAAUUAAGUUAUUGGCCACAUUCGGAGAAAAAACGUUCACCAAUAGUAACUGAGGAAAAUGACAAUGUUCUAAAUGCUGGUUGUUGCACUGACGAUAACACGACUUACCGUCUCAGUUAUUUUGGCUGCGGAGGAGACAAGCGAAGCCCGAUUCGACAACCUGAUAACAUUUAUUUCUCACCUUGUCCUUUGGAUUAUGAUACUAUUCAUCGGAUGAGUUUCUUAGGCAACUGGUGUGUCGAACAACAACCUUCAAUUAUACCUUGUAAUAAGCAGUUGUUGGGGAGAGGUCCCAUACAAGAGGUGACCACACAAAAACAUGACUAUACAUGGAAGAGCAUACCACUAGAACCAGAUCAUCGUCGCGCAGACAACCUUGUUCCUGCCACUUCACCCAUUGAAUGUUGUACCACAUACAAACUCUCCUAUUUAGAGAAUGAUAAGUCGCUGACACCAAUUCAUAACUAUGCACCUGUACACUUAUGCCGUCCACCAGAUAUCCCUAUGGAAGCGGAAACUAUUAUGCAGUUGAGUUAUCAGCCUGUAGGGAAUACAGUUCCAGUUGAGAAGCCAUGGGGUGAAAGAGCUCCUUAUCAAGUUCCAGUUACCCCAAUGGAAGAUAACACUACGUAUAAUACAAGUUAUCUUCUGCCUGGUACAUUGGUUCCGUAG